CGGGGCGGCCAUCCGCCCGACCCCGACUCUGCGUGGUUACUAAGACUAUCAGCCCACGAAUCACAAGGAAGUCUCGACUCUAUGAAAUCCAAUGAUAUCGACUGUCGUUCAAACUCAUCAGAAGUAACACUGGCUUUGAAUUACUCUCCUAAUACUGCUAUGACCAAGGUCAAGGAUAUAAACCCAAAGCCGAAAGAUGCAGGCUUCGCCUCCAUGGAAACAGCAUUGAUGGACAUCGAGGUGGAUAUGAACACCAAGCACUGCGAUCGCCUACGGGCACACGUGAGGAACAUCGAAGAGGAGAACGAUACAUUGCGCAGGGAGAUUGCCGUUUUGCAGCACCUGCUGAGCAGAUGUCGUGAGCAAGUGGAACAUUCUACAUGAAGACUUUGGUCUCUUAUCUCUCUUUCUCUCUCCACUUGAAAGAAAACAACAUCUGGCCCAUCUUAUCGUGUCUGAUUUCGAUUGUUUCUCGCUUUACCAUUGGCGUUGGCGGCGGCGUUGGCUAUGAUUUGGUAUUAAUUAGCAUUUGUUUUCUUGCGAACGAUGUUACGCGCUACACAUU